CCUUUGUUGAUAAUAAACUUAUGGGGUCCAAAUUCUGGUGCAGCUUGCUAUCUCAUCACAUACACUAGAAUAAUAUACACGUACGCAUAUCCACAUGCAUCUUGCUGGCCACUCGAGUUAUAGAAAGUUGCAUUUGUGUGCAUCCCACGCCAGCCAAACACUGCCGACGAGCAAAGAAAGCAAAUAUAAUAAAGUCAUGGCGGACGAGACAGAGACAGCGGCGCCGCUGCUCCGCUCAGCUCCCCUCGUCGCCGACGCGCCACGCCGGAACAGAUCUCGCGCUGAUGAGCGGCGCGCAGCUGUUCAUCCGGCAGGACCUGGGCCUCUCCGACGUGCAGGUCGAGGUGCUCACGGGGUCCAUGAACCUGUUCAUGCUCGUGUCCAUCCUCGGCGCCGGAUGGGCGGCCGACCUUCUGGGCCGCCGUGGCACGCUCGUGCUCGCCAAUGCAUUCCUCAUGGCCGGAGCGCUCGCCAUGUCGGCUGGCGGCAGCUACGCCGCGCUCGUGGCCGCGCGCUUCGUCACCAGCGUCGGGGUCGGGUUCGCCCGCGUCGUCGCGCCGGUGUACAACGCCGAGAUCUCGCCGGCGUCCACGCGCGGCGUCCUGUCGUCUUUGCUAGAUAUGUUUAUCAACGUCGGCAUCUUGCUUAGCUACGUGUCGAACUACGCGUUCGCCGGCCUGCCAGUGCACACCGGCUGGCGCGUCAUGUUCGCCGUCGGCGCGCUGCCACCGGUGUUCCUGGCCGCGGGGGUACUUGCCAUGCCAGAGUCGCCGCGGUGGCUGGUGAUGCGCGGGCGCUACGGGGAAGCGCGCGCCGUGCUCUUGCGCACCACCCCAGCUGAGGCCGACCUCCGACUCCAGGAGAUCAAGGAAGCCGUCGAGGCGCCGCGGGCACCUGCUGACAGCGGCGGCGGCGGCGGCGUUGGCGUGUGGAAGGAGAUGCUGUGGCGGCCGACGAAAACGGUGCGCCGGAUCCUCGUCUGCGCGAUCGGCGUGCUGUUCUUCCAGCAAGCCUCCGGCAUCGACGCCAUCGUGCUGUACAGCCCGCUGGUGUUCCAGAAGUCCGGCAUGUCGUCGAACAGCGCCAUCCUCGGGGCAACCGUCGCCGUGGGAGUGGUGAAGACAUGCUUCAUCCUCGUGGCGACGCUCCUGUCCGACUGCGUCGGCCGGCGCCCCCUCCUCCUCGCCAGCGCCGCCGGCUCUGCGGCGACGCUGGCCUCUGUGGCCCUGACGCUCUGCGUCGGCAGCACGUCCACGGUAAGCACUGCGGCGUGCGUCGCGUCGGUGCUGGCCUUCGUGGCCGCGUUCUCGGUUGGGUUCGGGCCGCUGGCGCCGACGUACAGCUCGGAGAUCAUUCCGCUGCGGCUGCGCGCGCAGGGCACCGGCCUUGGCACGGCAGUGAACCGGCUGACGUGUGCAUUGGUGACCAUGACUUUCAUCUCGCUCGCCGACUGGCUCACCAUGCCGGGGUGCUUCUUCCUGUAUGCUGGUGUGGCAGCAGCCGCGUUCGUGUUCGUGUACUUGGAGCUGCCAGAGACUAGUGGGCGGAGCUUGGAGGAUAUGCACGAGCUCUUCGCCGCCAAGUGAUCAUAGUCCCCCUCUCUCUCUCUCUCUGCCUAAAUUGGACAGUGAACUGAACUGAGGUCUUGUGUUUAUUAAUUGAUUUGAGGUAUGAUUAUUCAACUUCAACCUAGAAGCGGUCGGCUUGCCUCUAUACAUUAAUUUGAGUAAAAUGCCGUCUCCAGACUACGCGAGGUGGGUGCUGGAACUUCCUCAAUCAGAUGUGGAUGUGGUGUACCAUAUUAGAGUCAUUUGAGUCUUAUAACUCGACAAGUUGUAUCACUUGGGUCCUAGAACUUGAUAUGCUAUGUUAAUUAGGUUCUUAAACUUGACAUGUUGUAUCACUUAAGUCUCUAAACUUUUAUGAGUAUGAUCCAACGUGGCA